CUCUACCGCGGACUCUCCGGCUACAAAGAGUACGUCAACAAGCGCACCGACUCAGUAACACAAUCCAACGCCUCCCGCAUCCGCGCCGGCCCACUAAAAGCCGCCGCCAACGUACGUCUUAGCACGCGGUUCGACUACCAGCCCGAUAUCUGCAAAGAUUACAAAGAAACGGGCUACUGCGGCUACGGCGACUCGUGUAAAUUCAUGCACGACCGCGGAGACUAUAAGAGCGGGUGGCAGCUGGAUAAGGAAUGGGAUGAGAAGCAGAAAGGGCGGGAGGUGGAUGUGAAUCGGUUUUUGAUCAAUGAGGGCGAGGAGGAGGAGGAGGUGGAGAGCGAGGAUGAAUUGCCGUUUGCGUGUGUUAUUUGUAGGGAGGAGUUUAAGGAGCCGGUCGUCACCAAAUGCGACCAUUACUUUUGCGAAUCCUGCGCCCUGAAACACCACGCCAAAUCUAUCAAAUGCUUCAUUUGCGGACAACCCACGCAGGGACUCUUCAAACCCGCCGCGCACCUUCAGGCGAAAAUCAAG